GAUAGCAGCGCCGUGCAAGACCAGCUGGAGGAUGUUCGGCAGAUCCAGGCAUCAACGCGCGCAUUCGCAGCGAUCCGUGGUGAUGGCAGCGUAGUGACUUGGGGACAUUCUGGUGCUGGUGGAGACAGCCACCAGGUUCGCGAGCAGCUGAAGGACGUGACGCACAUCCAGGCGUCCGGGAACACCUUCGGCAGCGCCUUUGCUGGCCUCCGAGCUGACGGUUCCGUCGUGGCCUGGGGUGAGGCCGCAUCCGGCGGUGACUGUCGCAACGUGGAGGCUGACCUGAAGGGCGUGCGGUGCAUUUGCGCCAGCAGUCGCGCCUUCUCCGCUGUUCGGGGCAGCUCGGCCACGCGGGGGGCCUUUGCGGCCCUGUUACAGGAUGGCUCAGUGGUCACCUGGGGAGACCCGAACCUAGGUGGCGACAGCUCGGGCGUGCAGCAUCAGCUUCGGAGUGUGUUCGCCAUUCAAGCCACGGAAUCAGGCGCCUUUGCUGCGGUCGUGCGAGACGGCUCUGUGGUGACCUGGGGCCAUCCUGACAACGGCGGGGACUGCAGUGCCGUGCAAGGCUUCCUCCAAGAUGUGCUGUGCAUCCAGAAGUCCGCGUGCGCCUUCGCGGCUAUCCGGGCUGAUGGGUCGGUGGUCACAUGGGGAGACCCACUCUAUGGCGGAGACAGCCGUGCGGCUCAGGCUCAGCUCAAAAAGGUGCGUCAGAUCCAGGCUUCCGAUGCGGCUUUUGCAGCCCUCCUUGAAUCGGGGCGUGUGGUUUGCUGGGGCCAUCCCGCGCAUGUGGGGGACGGCAGCUGGGGAGACUUGGAAGAGGUGCAGCAGAUCCAGUCGGCGGCCAUGGGUGCAUUUGCAGCCGUCAUGGGCGACGGAUCACUGAG